AUGACAGCAGCGUCAAACACGUCCCCACGUGCAUUACGCGUUGCUCGACGUGGAGAGGCGUCGCAGCCACACGAGCGGCCGCAAGAGGAGCUGGGAGGACGGGAGGGAAUAGUGGUGCCUGUGGAGGUGGCGGGAGAACCGGCGGCGUCGGCAGGCGGGGUUGCUGCGGCCGUGGUGGCAGUGGGAAGCGGCGCAGCGGGGGCUGGGCGGGCUGCUGCGGUGGCUGAGGAUCUGGUUGUGACGGGACCGAAGGAGGGUGCUGUGGAAGCGACGGCGGUGGAGGCUGUGGUGUCUCCAGACCCUGUUGACGGGCUUGACGCCGCCUUUGGCGGCGACUCAGCCUUACCCUCUGCCAGCCCCCGGGGGGGGCCGCAGCGGACUGCAGAGGCGGAACUGGCGACGGACCAGGAGCAGACAGAGGAGGAGGCGACGCUUGCAGCGUCACCGGAACCUGUAACGGCGGCUGAACUGGCUGCAGCGGUGACAACGGCGGCAGGGGAACGGGCUGAAGGCCGGGCCGAGGAGGUCGCGCUGGCCGCCGCUACGACCGCCAGAACGUCUGCUGCUGCCGAGGGCGCAAGCACGCGAGCGCACGGCCAGGGGGGGAGCGAUAUACGGGAUCCCGGGCCCGGCGCGUCUGUCUGCGCCGCGCGCGGGAAGGCUGGGAAGAAGCUUCGAGCCCAACCAGCGCCGAGGCGGCCCGGAGCAGGGCUGGCGCCUGGACGCCCGGGACCCCUCCUGGGCUGGCUUCUGCAAGCGCCACCGCGACAAGGGCAAGAGCAUCGACCGCCAUCGGCACCACAACCUGCAACACAAGGGAACGGUGGGGAGACCGCAGAGGCAGGUCAGACGCGACACAACACACCGGCCCGGGCAGGGACUGCGAUGGGCGAAGCGCCCCAGCUGCGACAAGACACGCAACCUGCUACAAGACGGGAGACGAGAAGCGUCACACGCGCCCAAGGUAUUACCUGGGGACAGCCGAGAAGUGCGCCCCACGUUCCGUCUGCUGGCCCGUGGAUCCCGGCGGGGAGAGCGCCGCAAGCGGCGCAGGGCGGGGGGGGGCCCGCGGGGCGAGGAGCCCGGGGUGGGGGGAGAGGAGCACGAGGGGGACGCGGAAGAGGAGGCGCAAUAGUUGGCGCAAUUGUUGGCGGGAGGGUAGCACUGGUGAGAUCGGGAACGUGGCGGGAACGCCACGACCUACCGGAGCAGGUGGUCCGGCCCACGAAUCGGGACGAUGGCGUCUCUGAAACGAGUGGCGACGGGGACGACUAUGUAGCCUCGGCAUCGGUAGCUUCGGAAGAGGUCUCGUUGGGGGAGGAUGAGGAUGAGCAGGCCACGGCGAGAGGACGUCGGGAAAGGGGAGAACCCAGGAGGAACCCGCAGGAGGGGGUAAGAGAGGAAGGAGUGGCGAAUGGAGAACAGGGGGAAUCGGGGGUCAGAUCCCUACGAGAUCUUGCGGAGGAAACAGCGCUGUGGCUAGAAGCAGCCACACUGCCCAGGUGCAUGGGUGAUUCUCCAGUUCCUCCCAAGGCUGACCCUGCGACCAAGACCGGAACGAGUCGAGGGAAGCCGUUGGACGGAUAUUGA